AUGAAUCGUCUGCUUUUUGUCGUCUGCGUAGCGCUUUCUGCGUUCAUUGGAGAAGUGAGCUGCAGUGCAGGAAAUAUCUGGACAUACAGGGGCUAUCUUGGCCCUGACCACUGGCACUUGGACUACCCUCACUGUGGUGGUGUAAAACAGUCCCCAAUCAGCAUUGACACCAAGGACGCCAUCGUGGAUAUGUAUCGACUUACCCCAGUUGUGUUUAAAGGCUACAGUUCUGUUACAAAUGUCACAUACACGCUGGAAAACAACGGACACACAGUCAAGGUUAGCCUCAAUGAGAACUACAAUGAAAUAACUGGGAGCGGUCUCCCGGGCACAUUCGUGGCGAGUCAGUUCCAUUUUCACUGGGGCGCUGUAGACGAAAGGGGCUCGGAGCAUGACGUCAACGGAGUCCACUUUCCAAUGGAGAUGCAUCUAGUUCAUUACAACAAGAAGUACGACAAUAUAUCAACUGCAGUGGAUAAAGAUGAUGGACUAGCGGUUCUGGGCUUCUUCUUCAGGAUUGGACGUCACAACAGGCAUCUGGAAAACGUCAUCCGUCAUUUCAAACAAAUCAAGUACAGAGAUUCACAUAUGGAGAUAAAGCCAGUACCACUUGUCAGCCUUAUACCACGUGACUUGUCAAAGUUCUACAGAUAUGAAGGCAGUCUGACCACGCCUCCAUGUUACGAGAGUGUCACGUGGACAUUGUUCAACGAGACCAUCGAAAUUGCUGAAGAACAGCUUGAAGAUUUCCGCACCACAAUUUUGGAGAACAUUAAAGGUGAUGAUGACGUUCCUAUGGAUAUUUCUGAUGACUUCCGUCCUGCGCAGUGCCUGUUCCGGCGUAGAGUAUAUGCCAGUCACCCGUCACUUAGAUAUCAGGUUCAAUACGACAUCGACAUUGAGGACGAUAAUUCUUCGGAAACUGUUGUGGGGCAAAUUACUAUUUUGAUUAUCGGUUUUGCUACAUUCUUUUUGUUUUCAACCUUGUGAUAAUAGUUUUUGAAUAUCAUUUAUUUUCAUUUAAUUUUUCACCCAUUUACUUACUUCCUAGCUUUUUAGAAUCUCAAAUAUUCCUUACCUAACAUUUUUAUACCCGAUUUCUUACAUGCAAAUAACAUUUACUGUACAAAGAGUCAAUUUUAAACCUGUACAUCAUAGGUGUUAAAGGCUGUAUAUUUUAUGUUAAAACAGAUGAAAUGGCUGUCCGAAUAAUUAGAUGUUGUGCAUGACUACAUGGUCAGAAAGCAGAAUUUUUAAUUUUUUACAUGCACUUUAACAGUUAGAGCCAUAAAGGGAGGUAAUUUAAAAAUUCCUCUGUGGUAGCCACAUUUUAAAGAUUUUUCAAAAUUCACAUGUUCCGUUUUAUUAGUAUCUAAUAUUUAUAUAUCUCUUACAUUUCAAGAUUUAUAUUGAAGAAGUAGACAUAGUAGAAAUCUUCAAGACAAACUUGUACUAGACAGUAUUGAAUUGCACCUUUGUCUUCAUCUUAACGGAAGCAUUGUACCUAAAUAUAUAUAUAUUUUAUAACGGAAGAAAAUAGAUUUUAAAAUAUUUAAGGUCUUAUGAUUAAAAAAGCGUAAAUGACGAAUGUGAGGCACAUUCUCUGCCGUAACGAAGUUUCUUAAAUGUUGGGAGCCAAGGUACUAUAUAUCAGUAUACACAAUGUAGCUAUGAAUUUUAUGUACA